GCGGCCCAACUCGUCCCAGAGCCAGACGAGGAGGACCUUGAAUGUUUUUCGCCUUCUCUACUUGAUUUUUCUUCGCUUGCUUUAGCCUAGAAGCACAAAGCCAUGCCACAUACGCUGGAAAUUCCCACUCUGGAGGAGCUGAAGGUGGAUGAGACAAAUCAAGGGAAACUGUGCUGAGUCCUUCACGGAGUACUGGACCUGUGUGGAUUAUACCGGCUUGCAAGAACUACGUCAUUGUCGUAAACAGCAGUAUGUUUUUGACAACUGCGUCUUGGAUAAGCUGGGCUGGAAGAGACCUGAGCUGGGAGAACUAUCGAAGGUGACCAAAGUGGCGACCUCACGACCCCUCCCCGAGAAUCCAGACUGCUCUAGACCUCGUCCUGAGCCCAAUCCAGUAUUCACGGACAAGCUGAAGCCUCAUUCAAAUGACGGCGUGUCCCUUAAGUUUUACUCAUGAAGCAGUGUCAGGAAGAAAAAAAAAAAAAUCAGUCACCCUCCAAAAAACACGGGUUGUGUCCAAAAACAGCAAGACCACUUUCCAGCAUUGAUGCAAUGAUGAGAAGAGUUGAAAUCUCAGGUGUUGACAUUUAGCUUGCUGGUUUUAGCCCCUUUUUCUGUGGAAUUGCCUGAAUUUGGACAGGACUCAUGACUAUGUGAACAGCUUUGUUAGAGUUUGAUAAAGGAAAGAAGGAUGAAUGAUWGUGAGUGAAAUCCAUGAAUUCAUACAACCUUUCUGACCACUUCUGUAAAUUUAACACGUAAACAGAAAUCUGUAAUUAUCGUCGGAUAAUAAAAAUGUAAAUUAUAAAA